AUGAUGUCUAAUCUAUUUCAUUCUCAUCCUGUUAUAAAUAUGGUAAAUAAAUCAUCAAAUUCUAAUUCAUCAUUAAAUGAACAUAUAAAACGUCCUAUGAAUGCAUUUAUGGUUUGGUCACGUGGACAACGACGUAAAAUGGCUCAAGAAAAUCCUAAAAUGCAUAAUAGUGAAAUAAGUCGUCGUUUAGGUAUUGAUUGGAAAUUAUUAGAUGAUGAACAAAAACGACCAUUUAUUGAUGAAGCUAAACGUUUACGUUCAUUACAUAUGAAAGAACAUCCAGAUUAUAAAUAUCGUCCACGACGUAAACCAAAAUCAUUAAUAAAAAAAGAACCAUAUCCAUUUUCAUUUGCAUCAUUAUCAACAACUAAAGAUUCAAAUGAUUUAUCAAAUUCUACAAAUAUACAACAACAAUUAAAUGAAUCAUUAGCUCUUAAUCUUGAAAAAUGUCGUUCAAUAUUAUCUUCUCAAGCAACAACACCAUCAUCACUUUAUCCAUAUACAACAGGAAAAUUAACUGAUUUUUCACCAGCAACAUUUGCUUAUAAUCCACUUGCAUAUGCAGCUGCAUUAUCAACACAUUAUCCAUAUAGUAGUAUGUUAUCAGCUAGUUUAGCUGCAUCUGUUGUUACAACAUCACCAUCAUCAAGUAUAUCAUCAAAUAAUUCUAUUAAUGAUUAUCAUUUUGGUCUUCAUCGGCCACAAGCACUUUUACCAACAAAAUUAUCAUCAGACACAAAUAAUAAUUUUCAACAUAAUACACUUAAACAUUUUUAA